CAUUAUUUACACAUUGUUCAAAAAUCUUGUUGGUUACCUAUACUUUUCCAAGCGUAAAUUAUUAUGUGCCUGAAGCAAAGCAAAGAAUUUAUGAGAUGUUGGUAUACAUAAGACCCAAAGGAUACCAAAAAUCUAGGAAGGAAGGAAAAGAUCUAAGCAGAGGGAUCGGAGAGAAAGAGAGAUUGAGGAAGCAUAAGAAAGCUGAACCAAAGAUAUUAUUGUACCUUUGAUUUUCCAGCCUAUUGCUUAGCUGCUUCUUAUCCUGGCCGGAACUGUGAUGGUGGUGAAAAAAGAAAUCAUUACUUAGGAUCAUCUUAAUCAAACUAUACAAAGAUAUUGGAAUGGUCGAACGCUCACAGGUGUUGACCCCGGAAUUAGAUGGAUAGGAUGGUCCACCUCACACUACGACAGUAACUGGUGCCAAAGAAGAAUGUAGAUAGAGAAAUGGACCAGAGUUAUUGAAAAAUUUGUGUUGGGUGCCGAAGGCAUGCAUGUAGAGGAGAAAGAAGAUGUAGCCAUGUAGGGCAACAAGCUAAGAACAAAAGCAUGGCUAAUCCAAUUCCUUUACCUGAUUUCUUGCAACAACGUGCCUUCGACUUCGCAGCUGACAAACUCACAAAUGUGUGGAAGAAGCAUGUAAGGAAUCGGGUGGACUACGCAUUGAACUGCCAUAAGAAAGUUAAGAAGCUAGGAAAUGUUGUGGAUGAGCUCAAGAAGGAUAGAAACAAGGUCCAUGAUAAAGCCGAGGAGGACGAAGGGCUUUAUGGGAGAGAAGUAUAUCAUGUUAAAGCAUGGCUGCGUCAAGUAGAUGGAAUAAUCUCUGAAUAUGGCAAGUUGAAAGAUGAACACAGUAACCACGUUGUCAUAAAUCUGAAGAAAAGGUAUCUCUGUAGCAAGAGGGCAGAAGAGAUCAAAGAGUUAGUCAUGGAGCUACAAAAAGAAAAGCAGGAUAAUAUAUCUUACUGGCAGCAGCAGCAGCAACAACAACAACAAUGGCCAUCCUCUGGAUUCAUGGGUGUUACAUUUUCUGAUUCUGAUUAUAUGGAAUUUAAGUCGAGAAGGACUACAAUGAAAAAGAUUAUGGCAUCGCUAGAAGACUCGAAUUCAAGAUUGGUUGGUGUUUAUGGGCCAGCUGGUAUUGGGAAGACCACUUUGGUGAUAAAGGCUGCCAAACAAGCUCAGGAAAUUGACAAGUUGUUCGAUAUGGUGAUCAUGGUGAACGUGACAAAACGUCCUGAUACAAAGAAGAUUCAAGGCCAAAUUGCUGAGAUGCUAGGAAUGAAAUUGGAAGAGGAAAGUGAGGAAGCAAGAGCAACUAGCAUACAAGAGAGGCUGAAGAAUGAGAAGGAUAACAUCCUUAUAAUCCUGGAUGAUCUGUAUGCCAAAUUGGAUCUGAAUGCUUUGGGAAUCCCGCUACAAACAAAAGAAGAAUCUUCUGCCAUUGUGGUUCACAACCAAAAUCCUGAAUUGGAGCAAAACUCUGGGAGGACUGAUGAUGAUAAGAAUAAGAUGAAAGCAAAAACCUCCUUCGUCUAUGGCUCUAGCAAGUUAAAAGAGCACAACAGGGGGUACAAGGUUUUAUUGAUUUCUGAGAUGAGACAGGUAUUAACUGAAAUGGAUGUGAAAGCAGCCUCUAUUUUUUCUAUAAACUUCUUAAAUUCCAAUGAGGCAGAGACAUUGUUCAAGAUGACAGCUGCAAUAGCUGACAAAAAUGUUGACGAACUAAAAAAGUAUGCCCCUGAUCAAAUUGCCGAGAAGUGUAAUGGUUUGCCUAUGUUAAUAGUGACAACUGCGAGGGCAUUGAAGAACCAGAAGAACCACUUGGUUUGGAAGGAUACCCUUGGAAAACUUGCAAAACUUGCAGCUGAAAAUCCAAACGCAGCACCUGAGUAUUCUACAAGGUUGAGUUAUGGGCUUCUAGAAAAUGAAGAGCUCAAGCUUACAUUCUUGCUUUGUGCUCGUAUGGAUCACAAUGCUUUGGUUGCUGAUUUGGUGAAAUAUUGUAUUGGUUUGGGCUUUCUUCAAGGCGUCUACUCAGUAUGGGAAGUUAGAGACAAAGUACAAAUGUUACUUGCAAAAUUAAAAGAUGCAGGUCUGUUGUCUAACAGUUAUUCCAGCAAUCGUUUCACAAUGCAAAAUCUUGUUCGCGAUGCGGCUCUGUCAAUAUCAUCUGAGGAGAGACAUGUGUUCACGAUGACCGAAGGAAAAUUUGAUGAAUGGCCUAGUAAGGAUGAACUGGAAAGAUGCACUGUUAUUUCCUUAAAACAUUGUGACUUCAUUAGAGGAUUUUCCAAUAGCCUAAAAUGCCCUUCACUUAGUGUCUUUCAUAUUGAAAAUAAUGAUCCAUCUUUAGAAAUACCAGAUAGUUUCUUUCAAGAAAUGAAAGAGCUUAGGGUGUUGAUUUUGAUUGGUGUCAAUCUUUCAUCAUUGCCUUCAUCAAUUAAAUGCCUCACAAAUCUUAGGAUGCUUUGUUUGGAGCAAUGCAUUCUAGGUGAGAAAUUAGAACUCAUAGGAGAGUUAAAGAAUUUAAGAAUACUUAGUUUUUCAGGAUCCGACAUUAGAAUCUUGCCGGAUAAACUAAGUCUUUUGUCUAAGCUACAAAUCUUUGACAUAAGUAAUUGUUACAAGCUUAGAAUAGUUCCAUAUUGUAUAAUGUCAAGUUUGACUAGACUAGAAGAGUUGUAUAUGAGAAACAUUCCAUUCCAAUGGGAGGUUGAUGAUGGCAAACAGAAACACCAGAUUAAAAAUGCUAGUCUGUCUGUGUUAGGAGAUUUGGAUCAAUUAACAAAUCUAGACCUACAAAUCCCAAGUGUCUCUUAUUUGCCCAAGAAUUUGUUCUUUGACAAGUUAUACAGCUACAAGAUUACCAUUGGUUCUUCAAUCAGAUAUUCAAAGCCUGAUUUCCAGAGUCCAAAUAAGUAUGACUUGUCAAGAUGUUUGGCAAUAUACCAAAAGGAUGGCUUUGACAUUCACUCCCAUGAGGCAAUCAAAAUAUUGUUUGAAAGAGUAGAAAUUUUGUUGCUGGAAAAACUUAACAGUGUCAAAGAUAUUUUCUAUGAACUGAAUUUGCAAGGGUUUUCAUAUCUUAAACAUUUAACCAUUGCAAGAAAUUGCAGUAUUCAGUGUAUCAUCGGUCCAAAAAGAAGGGAGCAUUAUUUGGAGAAUGCUUUUCCGAAAUUGGAGUCAUUGCAUCUCUACAAGCUCAGGAAGAUGGAGCAAAUUUGCUCUCAUCAAUCAUUCACAGAACCUUCCUUCAGUAAAUUGAAAACCAUAAAGAUCGAGCUCUGUGGUAUGUUGAAAAAUGUUUUCCUAAGUUCUGUGGUUGGAUUUCUAACUGCUCUUGAGACAAUUGAAGUUUCUGAAUGUAACUCUUUGAAAGAGAUUGUUGUCAUGGAAACAAAUAAUAGUAAUGAAACAGAGCCUAUUCUCAAUCUUCCUAAACUACGUUCUUUGACACUACAAUCUUUAUCGAAGCUUAUUGGAUUCUAUCCUAUUUCAUCUGAAGGAGAUACCAAAUCACUAUUUCAUCGUAAGAUAGAAGUUCCGAAGCUGGAGAGAAUGGAGUUGUCUAUGCUCGAAAUCAACCACAUAUGGAGUGACCAAAUAUGGGCUACUUGCCAUACUGUCAAUCAAAGCAAUUAUCCUUUACAAAAGUUGAAAGAGUUGGGCAAGAAGUACCACACUAUCAAACAAACUUAUUCUCCCUUUCAAAACUUGAUACACCUGGAUGUGAAUGGGUGUUGGAAUUUAGAAAGUCUAUGGUCUUUCUCUAUUGCUAUUUUGUUUAAUUAA